CCCCGCCCCCGCCCGCGGGAUCUCAGAGUCGCCGCCCCCGGCGCCGGGCUGCAGCCGCCACGCCCCAGGAGAGGACCGACCGCUCAGACCGCCUGUCCCGGGGCUCCCUGGGCCACGCCAAUCCCGGGGAGCCCCCCGACUGCCUCCCAGAGCAAAGUGGGGAAGAGAAGCUUAGCCCGCCGCUGCCGCCUCCGAGCAGGCCGCCAGGACGCCAACUGCUGGAGAUGGGCGCCCGGCCCUCGCGGCGGCAGCCACGGCUGCCAGCGGACCCGCCCCUGGCCCUGGACGCGCUGCCCCCGGAGCUGCUGGUGCAGGUGCUGAGCCACGUGCCGCCACGCGCCUUGGUUACGCGAUGCCGCCCAGUGUGCCGCGCCUGGCGCGACGUGGUGGACGGGCCCACAGUGUGGCUGCUGCAGCUGGCCCGCGACCGCAGCGCGGAGGGCCGCGCACUCUAUGCAGUGGUCCAGCGCUGCCUACCCAGCAACGAGGACGAGGAGGAGUUCCCGCUGUGCGCCCUGGCGCGCUACUGCGUGCGCGCGCCCUUCGGCCGCAACCUCAUCUUCAACUCCUGCGGAGAGCAGGGCUUCAGAGGCUGGGAGGUGGAGCACGGCGGGAACGGCUGGGCCAUAGAAAAGAACCUCACACUGGUGCCUGGGGCUCCUUCGCAGACCUGCUUCGUGACCUCUUUCGAAUGGUGCUUCAAGAGGCAGCUUGUGGACUUGGUGAUGGAGGGGGUGUGGCAGGAGCUGCUGGACAGUGCCCAGAUUGAGAUCUGUGUGGCUGACUGGUGGGGCGCCCGAGAGAACUGCGGCUGCGUCUAUCGGCUCCGAGUCCGCCUUCUGGACGUGUACGAAAACGAAGUGGUCAAGUUCUCAGCCUCACCCAACCCAGUCCUUCAGUGGACUGAGAGGGGCUGCCGACAGGUCUCCCACGUCUUCACCAACUUUGGCAAGGGCAUCCGAUACGUAUCUUUUGAGCAGUACGGGAGAGACACGCGUUCCUGGGUGGGGCACUAUGGUGCUCUCGUGACCCACUCCAGUGUGAGGGUGAGGAUCCGUCUGUCCUAGUGACUGGACUACUGUCUGCUGGACGUCAUCAGUCAAGACCAGUCUUGCAGCUGGGUGCGGUGACUCACGCCUGUGGAAUUCCAGCAGUUCAGGAGGCCGAGGUGGGAGGAUCACUGGAGCCCAGGAGUUCAAGACCAGCCCGGGCAACAUAGUGAGACCCUGUCUCCACAAAUAAUUUUUAAAAAAUCAGCCAGGCAUGGUGGUGUCACCUGUCAUCCCAGCUACUUGGGAGGCUUGGGUGGGUGGAUUGCCUAAGUCCAGGAGAUCAAGGCUGCAGUGAGCUGUGAUUUCACCACUGCACUCCAGCCUGGGCAAGAGAGUAAGACCCUAUAU